AGAAUGAAUGGACAGAAGCAGUGGACACGGGUGGCCGUGAUGGCACUCCUGGUGAUCACAGUAAUGGCAGGAGAAGGAGGCAAAGCAGAGAAACAAGGAAAGAAAGAACGCAAGUCAGAUUGUGGCGAUUGGCAGUGGAGCGUGUGUGUAGCCAACGAAGGAGACUGUGGACUCGGCACCAGGGAGGGAACACGCACUGGCACCGACUGCAAGCAGACCAUCAAGACCCAACGCUGCAAGAUCCCCUGCAACUGGAAGAAGAAGUUUGGAGGUGAGUUAAGACCCAGAUAUAUCCAAACCAAUCAAAAGCUCUCCUUUCAAUAA